AUGCCGCGGCGAAAGCGACAGCCGAUGUUGGACACCGUCGGCGGUGAAGGACUGAAACCUAUCGAUGUGCAUGUCAUCAUCAAAUACACACCCAACAAAGCACUCAUAUUUAGGUCACUUACCCAACACGAACAAAUAGCUAGCCAAGCAAGAAAGGACCUAGACCUCAUGGGCCUCCCUCCCCCCAAGACACAGAACAUCAAGCGUGUUGCAGGCGACUUUCUCUAUGGUUUCUGGCCUGAUAGUGCUUGCAAGGGCGUCAUUGAUAGGCUACAUCCGGUACUUCAAUCGUUCCAAGAGGCUUCGCAGUUGAGUGAUCAAGGAAGUAAAAAACGAGCCAAGGCGGACGUACUGGCCAUAGUCGCCACGUCGGUUAACGCUGGAGAACCCUUCGACGUUCAGUCAGUACUUAACGGCAUGCCUGAACCCCAGUCCGUGGACCCCUCAUCUAUGGACCUCCUGCCCUCGCCUCCAUUGCGAGCACCUCUUUCUUCACUCCCUUCAAAACCGUGGUGGAUAUCUGACGCCCAACCGCCCAGCCAUGCACCCCCAUUAGAUAUCCCCAGCUCUCCGCGUGCAUCUUCUCCCCAAUUCGAAGCACCCUCAGGCCUCUCCGCAUCUAUCGCCGGUACCAAGUUCUCUCUUCACUGUAGGUCACCCACCAUCGAGCCAGGUGAGGUGCCAGAGGAGCCCAAUCCGCUUUUGUGCCAUAUACAGCUAAGUGGUGAGCCAGGGAUAAGCUCUGCGUCUUCAUCAUCUCCCAGACGGGUUGAGGAUCAUUGCUCGUCUAGCUCUGAUACCCUCCUGGACUCAGAUGACGCCCUCUCAACGUUCGUUCCGCCCACCGACGGCUUGGUGAAUGAAACUCGAGAGACCGUUGAACGACUCGCCCGUGAGCUCCAGGAUGCCCAAGACGAGGUUCAGACGGCCCAAGCCCGCACUCGCUCGCUGGCUCGUGAGUUGGAACGCCUUGGGGCGCGUAAAUUGACUUUCGCAGUCGAUGAGCGGCGAAGAAUGUGUGAAUGUGAAGCGUCUGACGCAUCGGAAGCAUUACGUGUCGAGCGGCGCCGACGCAUCCGUGCAGAACAAGCACUUGCAGAGGUUUCCGCUGAAUCACAGACGCCUUUUAUCGUCCCAGCAUUGUUCGAGGCCUUUAAGGUGAUCACAGCGCUAAGCAUCGGCGAUACCUUCCUCGACGUUGAGAGUUAAUACCCUAAGAUACUACCAACAUACUACGUUUUGGUUCAUGCACAACUAGAGUUCGACGUGGGCAUUAUCCAGCCUAAUUACCUACUUAUACAGAUACUACCAUAUUUUGUAACCUUAAAUUUCGCAGACUAAUAGCAUCCUACAUUGGCCC